AAUAAUAGUUCACAUUAUCAAUCUGGAUUACAUUGGCAAACAACAACAAACAGCAAAUCGCCAGUUAAUACUUUAUCUACCUAUAGAUAUUUCAAUUGACAGAAUUGAGUGAAUUGUGGAAACGCUCAUACCACCUCCUAUCGAACGAAAUAAAUUAUAGAAUUUAAUAUAACGAGGGACGUUCACCGUAUCAGCGUCAGUGGCAUGUCAGCAGGUGAAAGUAAAACUGUCGCCAAAUUUGUGAUUGGGAAAUUGGUGCUCCGAAAUGAUCGACAAAAGUUUCGUCAACGUGAUCCUGCUGGGUAUCUCCUUCAUGUUGAUAUUCACGGCAUUUCAAACCAUGGGAAACAUUCAGAAAACCAUCACAGACAGUAUCUAUAAGGAUGAUCCGUCAUUCGACGUCAAAGCCUUCUAUAGCUUGGCCAUCAUCUACGUGUUCUUUUCUGUCUUCAAUUGGAGCGCACCAUCUGUGAUUAGCCUGAUAGGACCGAAAUUUUCGAUGGUUGCAGGGGGAAUCACCUAUUUAUUAUUCAUAAUGUCGUUUUUGAUACCAAUGUCAUGGCUAUUGUAUUUGAUGAGCGCUGUGAUCGGGAUCGGAGCUGCCAUGAUCUGGACUGGACAGGGUAACUACCUCACCCUCAAUUCCUCUAAGAGGUACAUUUCCAGGAAUUCAGGAGUGUUUUGGGCACUACUACAACUGAGCAUGUUCUUAGGAAACCUAUUCGUCUACUUCGCCUUCAGGGGCAAAGACCAGAUAGAAAAGGGCACUAGAUCGCUGGUGAUAUGGACAUUGUCUGCCGUCUGCCUGAGCGGCAUCGUUUUGUUGGUGUUCCUGCCUCGAGCCACUAAAGAAAAAGAAGAAGACGCCGACGAGGACGAAGUGCGGGAGGUGGCGCCAGAAGGUCCUCUGCAGGCCAUCAUCGGAGCUGGAAAGUUAUUCGUUACUAAGGAUAUGCUUAUGCUGAGCGUCACUUUCUUGUAUACUGGUCUGGAAUUGGGUUUCUUUAGUGGCGUUUACAGCUCCUGCAUAGGUUUCACGAAGUCCUUCAGCGAAGGGAAAGAGCUGGUCGGUAUAUCUGGGAUAUUCAUCGGUGUGGGGGAAGUACUAGGUGGCGUGCUAUUCGGCAUCCUGGGCAGCAAGACCAUCAAGUGGGGCAGAGACCCCAUCGUGGCCGCGGGCUUCCUCAUCCACGCCGCCGCCUUCUUCCUCGUUUUCAUCAACCUGCCGAACAAUUCGCCCUUCGGGGAGACCGACGAUACGGCCUACAUCACCAGUAAUGCUUAUCUCGCCAUCUUCUGCUCGUUCCUGCUGGGCUUCGGCGAUUCCUGCUACAACACGCAGAUAUUGUCAUUGUUGGGGUCGGUUUAUGCGGAUAAUAGUGCGUCAGCUUUCGCCCUCUUCAAAUUCAUGCAGUCUGUCGGAGCAGCCAUAUCGUUCUUCUACGCCGAAUCACUGGUGCUUUACGGCCAACUCGGCGUUCUUCUGAUCACAGCCUGCCUAGGCACUCUCACUUUCGUACGCAUAGAAUGGUUGGCCAAGAAACAAGCCACUGCAGCCAGAAAGCAAGAAGAAGAGAAAUGAACAGACUGAAGCAGGAUGCGCAGCAACGCUGCUUGUUGCGCUAAAGUUUCGCGUGUCUCAUUGUGAUUGGUGAGUUGGAAUUCGGGAACCAAUCAGAGACUUUGUGGCGGCAAUCGAAUGGAGAAACGCGAGAAGGUUUACAGGGGAUGUUUGGUUUCAUCAGGAGCUGCAGAUGUUUGGACUAUAUAAAGCUAAUACAAUACAGGGUGAGUCAUGAGGAACUGUACAUAAUCCUACCACGAAUAGAGGCACUUGAGGGAAAAACCUAAUGACCAUCAGAAAGUAGCUUCUUCCCUUCUUUACCAAUAUA